AGAGAGUGAGAGAAAGAGAGUGAGGGGGGACUUGGCUGGGAGGCUGAGGAGGACCGUGGACCUGAGCGCAAAACAAGAAGAGGCAGCAGCAUCAGUAGAAGAAGACGAAGAAGAAGAAGCAGGGUCAUCGCCCGACACUUGCUGAUAACUGACAAUUGCCGCUCAGGUAAAUUGACUACAGGCGUUCUUCCCUCUCACCUCUGGCCUGACUGAUCCACCAGCCCAUCACCAUGAACUACCUUCGCCGGCGCCUGUCAGACAGCAGCUUUGUGGCCAACCUCCCCAACGGCUACAUGAUGGAUCUGCAGAGGCCGACCCCACCAGGCUCAUCAACUUCUUCUCCUGCCUCCCCAGCCACAGAGAGGCGGCAGCCCCCGAGCGUCCCAAGCCAGCCUCCAGCCUCGGGCACAUCCUCUGGCUCAGCCUCUGGUCCGGCCUCAGGCUCAGGGAGCUUCCUCAGCUCCUUCUCCAGCGUGGUGAAGAGUGCACAGAUGGCCCAGAACGUGGCGGCUGCCGCGCAUGCUAAGUCGGCGGCGGCGGCGGCGGCUGCUGAAGGCGCCUCUGCAGGAGGUGUUCAGCCAGCCAAGCCUGUGAUACGCAAGCCUAAGAUCCUGCUGGUGAUUGAUGAUCAGCACACAGACUGGGCCAAGUAUUUCCGAGGGAAAAAGCUGAACGGGGAGUACGAGAUCCGUGUCGAGCAGGCAGAGUUCUCAGAGAUCAACUUGGCUUCCUACGUUAACUCGGGAUGUAUGGUGGACAUGCAGGUCAAUAAAGGUGGCACCAAAGUGAUCAGGUCCUUCAAGCCAGACUUUGUUCUGAUUCGCCAGCACGCCUACAGCAUGAUUCCCGGUGAGGACUUCAGGAAUCUUGUCAUCGGCCUCCAUUUUGGCGGCGUCCCAAGCGUCAACUCUCUCUUCUCCAUAUACAACUUCUGCAGCAAACCUUGGGUGUUUUCUCAGAUGAUUAAGCUGUACCGCUCCCUCGGCCCUGAGAAAUUCCCCCUGAAUGAACAAACUUUUUAUCCCAACCACACACAGAUGGUCACAAGUCCAUCCUUCCCUGUGGUUGUGAAGAUGGGCCACGCCCACGCCGGCAUGGGAAAGAUUAAAGUCGAAAACCAACAGGACUUCCAGGACAUCACCAGCGUGGUGGCUCUGGCAGGGACGUACGCCACCACCGAGCCCUACAUCCAGUCCAAGUACGAUAUCAGGAUCCAGAAGAUCGGCAGCAACUACAAAGCUUACAUGAGAACAUCCAUUUCUGGUAACUGGAAGGCCAACACGGGCUCUGCCAUGUUGGAACAGAUCGCAAUGACUGACAGAUAUCGUAUGUGGAUAGACUCCUGCGCUGAGAUGUUUGGGGGCCUAGACAUCUGUGCUGUGAAGGCCGUGCAUGGAAAAGACGGGAACGACUAUAUUAUCGAGGUGAUGGACAGUUCAAUGCCUCUGAUUGGUGAGCAUGUGGAGGAGGAUAAACAGCUGAUCACAGAGCUGGUCAUCAACAAGAUGGCCCAGGUGCUGCUGGGAGUUUCCAUGCCUCAGCCUUCUACUGUUAAGACCACACAGCCCAGACGAGGGGGACACCGUUCCGCUUCCGCCUCUCCAUCUCAGUCGGCCCAGGGAUCCCCUCAGAGAGCCCGGUCCGCCACUACAUCUCCCAGCCAGGCGUUCCAGCCCGGUCCCAUCCCUGCCUCUUCUGGACCUGGAGCUCAGAAACAGUCACCGCAGCUGAACAAAUCGCAGUCGCUGACAAACAGCUUCACGGAGACGUUACGAGGAAGCUUGACCGACGACGAGGCCAAAGCCGAGACCAUCCGCUCCCUCCGACAGUCCUUCGCCAGCCUCUUCUCUGACUAAAAACAUCCCUACAACCGUUCUCUUCCUGUCAUCAGGUUUCAGAAAAUAAUAAUAAUAAUUGCUUAAUCUGUUUGUUAUGGAGUCGCCUCUCUCCUUUCCAUGUUUGUGAAGUUUAACACUGGUGCAACCCUCUGUCCUCAAAUCAGUGAUCAAUCUAUCACUAGAAAGGCCAGUGGAUUUCAGAGGACUUACACCAUGUUGACUGGAGAUGGUAGAUUUUAAGAUGUCACCAAACCCCCAUUCACUUUUCUAUUACUUUCAGGGAGCUUUGUGUUCUGCUAAUCAUUCCAUAUUCACGUUUAAUCUACGAAACUCCUGAAACAUUUCUACUCACUCCACUGAUGUGUUUAAACCUAAAACCUAUCCAUAGAAAUUGAACUUCCUAGAAAACAAAACCAGCCAAUGGCCUUUUUAGUGGUAGGUGAUCACAGUAGAUAUUCAUAUUCUCGCUCGUGCUGCUUGGUAUAUAAUUGUUAUUCUGCAUUCUCUUUGUCCGACUGGUGAAACUAUUUCUGUGUUCAUAUUUCUACAUUUAUGUACAUCCGUCUAUCUUCAGUUAAUUUAUUCGACACACAGCUUCCAAAUUGUUUGCAGAUGUCCAUGGCAAUAUUCUGAUCUGAACCAGUUCCACCUGAGUCAUGAGAAGCGUACUGAAUCCUCUCGGUUCACCAGCGGUCUCUUAAGCAUCUUAGCCAGCAGCAGCAUUUCUCAGACAUCCGUGUGCUGUAGACACAUAUUGGCUUAUGUAGUGACUCCUCUGCCUUGGCCUAACUUUACCAAAGUGCUUUUUAAUAACAAAAAAAGAACAGUUUUUUUAAAAGAAACAACCCCCUUAACUUGUUUGAGAUCACAAUCACACAGCUAAGAAAAACCUUUGAGCUUGUGAUUUUUUUAACGAGGUGCAAAUGCUGUACUGGCUUACAGCCAUCGUCUUCCAUCACAGCUCUGCUCUUCCCCUGCAAAUUGUUCCUUUUCUUAAUCUUUUGUGCUUUGUUAAUAGCACUAUGGGGUAUUUGUGUGGGGAUUGAUCUAGCAACUAGUACUGGUGAGUCUUUAGAAGCAAACAGCAAGGGUCUGAUAUUUUAAUCAUCUGUCUCUUGUUCUCUGUCAGCUAGGAUUGCAGCUCAUUUAUUGUAGUUGUUUUUAGGAGUUUUGCUCUGUAGCAGAUAUAACCUACGCACACAUAUACCUGCAGGAAUGGCAGCCAUCCUCUUCUAACAUCCGUCACUGUUUUGGAUCUGCAUGUAAAUGAAUGUGAUAUGUGUAGUCACCCUGUUUUAUUCCACAGUUUAUUUGAUGGGAGCUGACGCUUACUUUGAAUUCUCUGAAAAGAACAAGUGCAUUUUUGGGUAACUUAUUGUGAAGUUAGACACAAAGUACUUUUGGUUUAUCGUAGAUGGACUCUGUAGAUUUUCAGCAUAUUUCGCAAGAUGGAAUGUGCAUACGCAAUGAAGCCUUCAAAGAAAAACUCUUAAUUGAUAACUGAUGGCAAAGAUCUCUUAUGACUAUUCAUUAGUUUGAUCUGAAGGGUAUGCAAAAAAUCUUUGAUAGUGUACCAAAGUCUUAAAUUUUCCAAAAUAUUCUUUUCCUUUUUUUUCAAAAAAUAAUGAGUGAGCUACAGAUUUUAGCUUCUUGUAGCGGCAAGCUCGGAGACACAAACUGACUACAUGAUUUUGCUUUCCAUGCAAAGAACAAUCAAAGUAUGAUAAUCUAUAUAAAUUGGUACUUUUAUUGGAAAAUUAUUAAAAUAGUAAUAGUAAAUAAUAGUUUUAUCUGAAACAACUAGUCUUGUGACCUAGAAUGAGCUUAUAAUAGUUUCUGCCACCUUCCAUUUAAUUCAGAAUCUGGAUCUUUCGUAGUUUAAAUGAUAAUCCUAACCAAAUCCCAACCAAAGCCAGUGUUAAAUGAUGAAAGUUCCAGAAAAGGAGAAAAAAGUUAACUAGCCAUUUUUGCAAUAAUUACAUUCAUUGCAGAAAGAAAAUUGCCACCACAGAUUGCAUAUUUAUCCUGCAAAACAUGGAAACAUUACAGAGUGGCAGUCGCUAAAGAGAGCAUGGCUUAGCAGAUGUAAAUAAAGUGAAUUCAUGCUUCGUUUAGUUUCCUUAGCUUCAGCUACUACUCAUAAAUGUAACUAACAGGUGUCUUUCUUCCUUUGGAGCAAUGUUACUGUGGUGGCAAUUUUUUUAUGCAUUUUUCAAAUGGUUGGUUCUUGAGUUCAACUAGAAAGCUAACUAGCUAGCUAGAAUGCAGCUAGUCAGCUAACGGAUUUUAGCAGCAGUUGCUUAUUAGCUUACUACGCCAAAGGGGACUCCAUGGGUUUGUUAAAAAUAAAUUAGUAAAUUAAACUUAAAUAUGCAUUUCUUAUACAACAUAUGAUGGAAAAGGUUUGAGGCUAAACCUACUAGGAUACACGAAACAACAGAAUAGUGCUAAUUAAAAAUAAAUUGCAUAAAAGUGCUAAUUACUCCUAAUUAGCUUCAGGAAGACCAUUUCAAAUUUUAUUCUAGCUGAAUUUUAUUUAAAUCAUGACCAAGAGAGUAUGCUUUGUUGUUUCUAUCUUCCAGAGGGGAUGAUCCACUUUAAUAAAGGCAUUUGUGAGUUUUCAACGCUAGUUUGGUCAACUUGGUUGGGGUUUCAAAGGUCUAAAAUUCCACAAAUGUAUUUCUUUAUUUAUAAAGAGCAGGCUCGAUCUGCUCAUGUUAACCAUCCUUGACAAUUUAAAUAUUACUUUAUUUUUUUAAAUGCUCAUUAGCCUUUAAAGUAACAACAUCAUGGUUUUCCACUGUAGGCAGUAAGCUAAUUCUCCUGUCAGUUGUCAUGCUAUGGCAGAUAAACACUAAUGUAAUAAUUACUUUGCUUGUAUUUUUCCUUUUGGAAUAAUGAAAACAUUGACAUUGUUUACUGUGAUUCUUUUGUUUCAAGUUAUCGCUGGCUGUAUUAAUUCUGACUUUUUGUCACAUUCUCAUUUGCAGUGUCUUGUGUUAAACACUUUUGCAAGCAUCUCGUAGCUUUUGGUACUGUGUCAAAGUGGACCAAAUCUGCAUUUGAUUGUAAGGCCCCUUAAAGGUUUACAUUAAAUUGUUCCAUCUUACCUGUAAAGAUUAUUGCCACUUCGUAUAUAAUACUGCAGUGUGAUAAGCCAUAACCAAACCGUGAGGAUUUUCUGUCCCUUAUGUGCCACGCAAUAAUGGCUGUGACAUUGCUGAUAAAUUGAUAUGUUAACUUUAAACACUGUGUCUAUAGAUUAUCUUGUACUGGAGAGAAACAGCAGUCACUCUCUCUGGAUAUCGAGGUUAUCUCAAGAUAUAAUUAUUUGCUCAUUCUGUUAGGAUGAAAGAUGAAAGAACUAUGAUGUCACUUUUCUCACAUUUUGGGUUAAAAAUACAGUUUAGGAUCUCAUACGUUCCAUAAAUCUGUUUUAUCAGGUCAAAUUAUAAACAAUGACCGGACAUCAACUAAUUUUAGUUUCGUCACUACUGUAGGUUUGCUUCCCUUUUGUCUGAGGGUGAGAUGUGCUCUCAGCUGUUUUAGCUGGACGCGUACCUGAUAGUUUCUGAGCUGAUUUAAUUGGAACUGAGCUGCAAUGUUGAUUGGUAACUACCUCAAGUUCAGCAGUGCUCUGCUGAAACUGACAAUAGAGUGGUAGUACUGGACAAGAGUUUGUGCACUGAGCAUGGCUUCAUGUUAUAACUGAUGUGCUCAUAAAACAAUAAACCUGCUGUGGUAAAACAACAUCUAAGUGCAGAAAGAAUGAGAGGAAUAUAAUUUUGUUAAAGUCAAAUAUUAAAUCAGACAUUUUAAAAUUCUUUUUUUUUCAAAGAUUUUCCCCCAAGUUUAUCCAGUUUUUCAAAAUUUUAUUUCAUUCAUAAAUUGUCUUUCCUCUUUCAUAACAUGUCAGUUAAAGAAAACAUUUUGUAACGUGUUACUAGAAUGCAAUAUAAAUUGAAAUGAUUUGGGCUCUUGAAGGCAUCUGUGUCGAAAUCUUAUUUGAAUAUUGUAUGUAUAUUAUUUCAAGUGAUGUGCUUACUAUACUGUACAUGUUACAGAUUUCAUAUUUAUGACAGAUAUUUUGAUGUCACUUUUUGGAAUUUUACUUCCUUUAUUAUGAAACAUAGACUGUAUAUCAAAGAUGGACAUGGCCACCGCGAUAGCAUGUGUUGGUUUGUAGAUAACAAUCCUAGAGCUUUCACUUUCACAUUUUGGUCUUUUGAGUGUAUUUGGAGCUGAUUAGUUAACACUUAGACUAGCUAGUUAGACUUUCACCAAAGUGCAUCCAUUAUUCACUGUGAUAUUAAUUUGGAUGCCAGUUUUUGCUAAAAACAGGCUUAAACCAAAUGUACCAAUGUGUAAACAUAAAAAGGCUGUCCCCCUAAAACUCCUAGAGCUGGAAAAGAAAUGAUGAAAUUACAAUUAGGAGGCUAGCUUACUGCCAUUAACAACUUAACCAUGGGCUAAAGCACUGCACUAAAUAGACUUAAAGCUAGCAUUUAAGACCAUAAAUACAACAAUAAAGUGAGAAUUUUCCCAUUUCUUUUACAGUCGAAUUUCUUUUUGAAUCCAGAGGAGUUGCCCCCUGCUGUCAUUUAGAAAAAAUGCAGGUUUAAGGCUCCUCACCAGCUUCACUUUUCAUGUCCAUCUUUAACAUACAGUUUGUGGGUUUAAAAGGGCACUUUCACAGGUAUUUACGCCCCAGGUUUACUUCUGCUCACUCUGUAGAUAUAAGCAUUUCUAGGAAUCUCAAAAGGUUGAUUCUGUUCUGGAUGUAGCGCUUGCAGUGGGAGAAACAGGUUUCCCCAACCCUAUAAACAGGACAUUUGCACAAUAACUGUCACUUGAAAUGUGCUGUUUAUAACAUUGGGGAAACCUGCAGUCAGCUGAGACUGAAGACAUCACUCGGACGAGUGACGAAACAUUUCUCCCACUGAAAACGCUACGUCCAGAACAGAAUCAACCUGUUUUGGAUUUACUUACCUGGACGAUUGAGCAUGCAUCAAGACAUUUCUAAGAAUAGUUCACAUAUCAUUUGUCAUCGUAAAGAGAGAGGUGUUUGAGUUAAGCAGGUUGAUAGCUAUCUUAGCCAAUCACAGUGCCAGAUUCACCUGUUUCUCCCAAAACAGGUUGCUGAUGUCACCAGUCCUAUAUCUGGGAACUUUUACAGUGUGUAUGGAACGUAUGCUCAUUUCAUAAAGCUUUUUUUUUCAUUUCCCCAACAUUGUUUUAGUUUAAUCUAUAGUUUGGAGCAAAGGCAAUACUCUGCUACCGGGGUUGGCUCAUUGUUAUUUGCUCUGGGUGUGUUGAAGUGAUGCAUAGUGUAAGACUGAUUUAAUAUGCAGCCACAGAGACUUGCCAUGAAAUACAGCAAUUACUGAAAGCAAACUCAACUCUACUUUAAUGUGGCAUACAUAUGUACAAGAGAGAAAUAAUGCCAUUGCACGGGUUCAUUUGCCAAUUUUUGGGUUCACUGUGUCCCUUCCUCUCUGCUGAAUGGUGGGUGAUAUUGUAAGUGUAUUAAUGUUGUGUAUAUUGGUGUAAAUGUGGCAUGAAAACCAACCCCUCUUGUGUGCCUCAGGUGUAUAAAUUUAGGCGUUAUGUGAUCUCGAUGUCUGGCUGCUUAUUUGUGAGAAGUGUGAUGUAAUUUAUUAGUAUUAACAUUAUUUCUGUUCUUUUGUCUGAACGAAAGAUUUCUGUUAAUAAAGUAAAACCUUUUAUUAUA